UCAAGGAUUUCUGUGGGAAAUGCCAGCCACGGCAGUUGCUGAUGAUUUCACACUGGCGGCAGCAGCGGCAGCAGCGGCAGUGCAGUGCUGAGAGGAGGGUGACCUAAUAGCUGAAUGAGAUACAGCAAAGGGGAGGGGGAGCAGCCGCAGUCGCAGCAGCAGCAGCAGCAGCAGACAAGGAGAGAGAAGGGAAAACGAGUGCCUUAAAGGCGUACUCAAAAAUCCAAAACCCAGUGGAAAUGGAUACAAGGACCAUCUGCUGCCUAUAGAUCAGGGUUUGUGGACAGGGCAGGCGACAGACCUUAAUGACUCUUUAAAAUGCAAUGCUGAGUUAUGCAUAACUGAUCUGGCAAGGCAGCCUGCGCAAUGGUGCUGCAUGAAACCUGGGCAUGUAGAUCCUGGGCACGGCUGCACGCAGGACAGGCUGCUUUGGUGUGAGGGCAGUUGAGCAGAGAGGCCAUGCGGGGAAUAUCGCCAUCAAUGUCUGGCUUGGGUCGCCUGAUGGGAUAAUUGGGUGAAGCCCAGAGAAACCGGCCAGCCUCUCAUGAAUGGUGGAGUUAACACAAAGUGUUGUUUUGAAUGCCAAAAGAGAUGCUAAACCUUCCACCUGAACACUUUGCAAAGAGAGACCAUGGAGAAGUCAAGUAGCGAGGAUUCCUCCAUUCACCGGAGUCCAUCUUUGGAUAGCAAGGACUCUGAUUUCACAAAGCCUUCUACCUCGGGCAGGCAGUUUGGCCGCGGCUUCACUGCCGGAGCUUUCUACGGUACUGCUGGAUCUCGCAAGAAGAAUCCCAGUGCAGCUGGAACGGGGACUGCCGCUGGGGCUGGCUUGAAAAGUGAAAAGGGCAAUGACCCCAAAGGCAGCAAAUACGUGGUCUUUUACCUGGAUCUAUCCUUUGUUUUCCUUCUAGAAUUUCAGAAGUGCAGCAUGGCAAGAGGCUGCUUGUGUUGUUUGAAAUACAUGAUGUUCCUUUUCAAUUUAAUAUUUUGGCUAUGCGGCUGUGGCCUCCUGGGUGUGGGAAUAUGGCUGUCAGUGUCACAAGGAAACUUUGCCACAUUUUCUCCCAGCUUCCCGUCACUGUCAGCGGCCAACCUGGUCAUAGCUCUUGGUGCUAUCAUUAUGGUGACUGGCUUCCUGGGCUGCUUGGGUGCUAUCAAGGAAAACAAGUGCCUCCUCCUCAGCUUCUUCAUUGUUUUGCUGAUCAUCCUCCUGGCUGAAUUAAUAUUGCUCAUUUUAUUCUUCGUUUACAUGGACAAGGUCAGUGAAAAUGCCAAGGAAGAUUUGAAAGAAGGACUCAAGCUUUAUAACACAGACAAUAAUGUUGGAUUGAAAAAUGCUUGGAAUAUCAUUCAGGCAGAGAUGCACUGUUGUGGUGUCACUAGUUAUACAGACUGGUAUGAAGUGCUUGGUGACAACACGGUCCCAGACAGAUGCUGCAUGGAAAAUUCCCAAGACUGCGGUCGGAAUUCUACCAACACAAAUUUGGUGUGGAAAAUGGGCUGUUUUGAAAAAGUUAAGAUGUGGUUUGAUGAUAAUAAGCAUAUUUUUGGGACCGUUGGGAUGUGUAUCCUCAUCAUGCAGAUACUUGGCAUGGCCUUUUCCAUGAUUCUCUUCCAGCAAAUUCACAGGACUGGUAAAAAAUUUGAUGCCUAAAACAUCAUAUUAUGAACUGCAACAACACUUCUCUCUUGCCAUUAGAAAGGAAAUGAUGAACAAGAGAAUCCGGCUAGGCCCAGUUUGGGGCCUCCUUCCCACCGGUCAGUCGACAGCAUGUGGUUGAUAGGACCUGAGCACAACAUGUGACUGGAUUUACUUAUUUGUUUCUUUUUAUUCACCAUUUUUUUGCCAAAGAAGAAGGGAAACUUAUCAACAGCUAAUCAGUUUUCUACACUAAUUCAAAGGUCUCUGGUCAAAACUUUUCUCUAACACCCUUUGAGAAACAACCUUUACUGUACUAAUAUCUUUAAGACUUGUGACAGUAACCCCACCAAUGUGUGUUGAGCUUCCUGAGAGAAUCCUCUUAAAAGUCUUCUAGUAGGUCAAUAAAUGGCUUGUGCCCAACCCUACACCCUACAGGGAGACUUGGAAAAGCCACUUAGCUGCAGGUUUUUUGUACCUUACUGUGUAUACUAGAAUUUAUAACCUGAUUUAUAACUUUCUACUGUUCUUCCUCUUUUCCUGUGCUAUUCUCAGAGUAACUUCAUGCAAUCUUUGAAGGAUGCUAUUUUUAAACUUUGCAAUUUAAAUGCAGAAAGGAAAAAAAAUGCAGCCUGUUUCCUGACAUCUGUAUUAUGGCUGCAAUGCUGCUCUCAGCUGUGAUGUAGUGAAACCAUGCUGGGGCUUACGCCUGAUGUGCACAGUUUACAUAUGACGAUAUCACAUACUGCAUAGGUGUGUUCAUUAGAGAGCUAGGAUUAGCAGGAGAGUAUCCACUUGGAAACAACAUUAGAUUUGCUGCUACAUAACAUGUGGGAGGAACCCAAGUGUCAUAAAAAUGCUGGGUUGGCUCCAUUGCAAAGAUUUUCCUUGCACUAGAGUUCUUGUGCGGUCAGAAAUAGAAGAAAACGGCAGGCACUUACGCGGUCAAACUUACUGCCUCUCCAUUUGUAUUUCUGCUUAUGCAAAAUCUUUUGCAACCAAUUUCUGGGCACUAUAAUUUACAGGAAGGAAAGCUCUUGAGAAAGUGGAACUAUGUGUUUGGGACUGCCAUUGCCUGCUUAUAUUUCCACUCACACAUCACUGGAUCCAACCCUAUUUCUUGCGAAGGCAUUCCCCAGCUCUCCUGGACUACUACUUGUUUCUGGGUAGUCUUACAACACACCAAUAAUAAUAUAUUUUGCAAUUCUACUAGUGCCCUGAUCUGGCUAUGUCCUGAAAAAUCCAGGCUGGCCGUGGUUGGCCGUGGUCAGUGUUUGGAUGGAAGGCCGCCAAGGAAGUCCAGGGUUGCUGUGCAGAGGCAGGCAAUGGCAACCCAUCUCUGAACAUCUCUUGCCUUGAAAACCUCCUAGGGUCACCAUAGAUAAGCUGGGGCUUUAUGGCAAAAAACCCACCGUUAGUAUGCAUUGGGCAGCCAUGAGACAAGGGCUUCCAUGUGAUUUACUGUAAUAACUGAAGCAGGAAGAGCUGGCCUGCCAGAGGAAACAGCCGUCCACAGAGGAAACCAGCAUUUUCAGAAUAAGGUCCAAGGUCAUGUCAAUUAGAGAACUGCAUCUGUGCUGGAAGAAAUGAAUGAAGUAAUUAGACAGGGCUUUGAACUCCUUAGGAUCCGGUCGUGCUGGAGGUGGAAAGUUCCUUCAAGCCACAACUGACCCAUGGUGACCCCCUCGUGGAGUUGCCGAGGCAAGAGAUGUUCAGAGGUGGACUGCCAUUGCCUGCCUCUGCAUAGCAACCCUGGACUUCCUGGUUGGUUUCCUGGCUUCUUUUUCCAAAUUUGACAAGAGUGCGCUAGCCUGAUGGGGUUGGGCCAGGAGCAAUUAUUCCGCAUUGUUUCUGCACUGGAUAGGUUUGGAUCCUUCAGUCACUCCUGCUUGCAGAGGUGCAGCUGAAUGAGGCAGCCAGCCAUUUGAGAUCAUAGCUCCUUUCCAGUUAGAAGGUAUGCUCAGAAACCUCUUGGAUCUUUUGUACACUACUGGCACUAAAACCAUUUUAAAUGAAAAAAAAAUGGGCUCAAGAAGAGGGAGGGAGGGGGACCCCCCCCCUCCUCCUCCUUUCCAGAAGUUCAACCUGUAUUGCUUGGGGUGAGGGAAGCUCCUGGGAUGGGUGAAGGUGGGCAGGGACGGGACCGGACGGAAUGUCAUGAGUCCUGCACACCCAUUGGCUAGGGGUUCAUCGUUGGAAAUUCCAUCCCUUAGGCAAUUGUGUAUAACGAUAAAAGUAAACAUUCUGGAACGUAAGGAUGAAAUAUUUCUCCAGUUUUAAUUCAGAAGAAGUGUGCCUCUGGUAUUAGAAGCUUGUGAAACGCUGCAUUCAGCCAGUCUAAUUUUCUGCACAGACUGUAGGUGCCCGCUUUCUCCCAAGCCGUGGGGUCUAGAGCAUCGACAAAUACUGAGGAGAAUGUUCUCUCCUUCUUCGUAAGUCAAAGGUUGGAGGAACGGAGCUUCCCCUGGAUGAAACCACAAGACAAGUCCUUCAACAAUUCACUGAAGAUGAGCAUUGCAUUUUAGUGCCCAACCAUGAGACAGAGGAAUUUUCCUUGAAACAUGACAUAUUUAACACCAUCGCUACAUGUCAGAGAAUGUUUCUGUUUGUAGUAGAGAAUAUGGGGGCAUCAACUGCAAUAAGUAAUUGUAAUGUGGCUCUGCCACAUUCACUCAUGUGUAACCCCCCAUUUUCUACCGUAGACAUUAGUCCAAGGCCUCUAAAAAUGCAAAAAGAGUUUCCGCAUCAUGUUUUGAUGUGAACAGUGACCUGGCUCUUGCACAGGGAAAGGCACCGUUCCCUUUAAGAGCUUCCUGCUUGUAAUGUAACCACCUUUUGAGUCCAUGGACACCCACUGGGGAGUAGCUACAGGUGCAAGCUGAUCAGUCACUGUGUUUGUGGCCCAAAUGAUAGCUCUGUCCAUAUUUUGAUAUUCCUGAAUGCUCCUUUAUCAACCCAUGCUGCCUUUCUAAAGCAGAAACAGUGUGUACGAGUGGGUGCUGUGCUAAACCCUUCAGACUGACACGCUGCAGGAAUCCACACCUCCUCCCCCCCACCAGGAGACUCCAAAUACGCACACCUGUAAUCUGAAGCUGCCCCAUGCAAGGAUCCAUUUAACUGUAGACACACUCCUGUUAGUGAACAGCCCAUGAAGUGCAUUGAGAGUUCCCACUGGGAUCCUUACGAGGUUGCUGCUGGACCAGACAAUCUAGUCCAGCAUCCUGUCAUACUCAGUGGGCAGCAAAGAAGGCAUGGAGGCCGUGGCCUUCAUUGGAACAUAAGGAUCAGACCAGCGAGGGCCCCUCUAGUCCAGCAGACAGCCUCACGCAAGAGCCAGCAACAGAGGCCAGGACAUUGCCCCAGCGUUGCUCCCAAGGACUGGCCCUCAGAGGUUUGCUGCCUCUGGCUGUGCAGGUGCCCUUUACUUGUAGCCACUGAUGGCAUCUUCCAUAAAUGUCCCUCAUCCACUUUUAAAGCCAUUGGUAUUGUGGCCAUCACUAAAUCCUUUGGCAGUGAUGUCCACACUUUAAUUACUCAUUGAACAAUAAAGUUUUAGGUUGAGGGUAGAGUAGAAUGGCUGGAUUGGAGUCCGGCGGCACUGGAGAGGCCAACAAGAUUUGUGCCGCAUCAGCUUUCAAAAAUCAUAGUUCCCUCAAGAGUCAAAGGGAGUUUGUCUUUUGAAGGCUGAUACCCCAGAAAUUUGAUUGAUCUCUAAGUUGCUACUGGAUUUGAAUCUCAUCCGUCCUGAAUCUGUUUCCGAUCAACUUCAUUGGGCAUCUCCCCCCACCCCAAACAUCUAGCGUUUGGGGAGACAGAUAAAAAGUUCUCUUUGUCUACAUUCUCUGCUCGAUGUGUAAUUUUUUUAAUACGCUGGUUUCUAUUCAGAUCGUAUAAAGGAUUUUAUAAGCCUUUAUUAGUCAUAGUUUUUAAACCGAAAAGUUCCACACGUUCUGCAUAGGAAGGGUGCUGCAACACGCGAAUCAUCUUGGUUGCCUCUUUCAUACCUCCAACUCAGCCGUGUCCUUUUUGAAAUAACAGCAACCCAAACUGCACAACACGAUUCCAAAGAAGGCUGCACCAGGAAUCUAUGUAGAGAUAUUAUAAUAUUGUCAUUUCUAUUUUGAAUACCUUUCCUAAUAUCUUUCCCUGGCAUGGAUUAUUCACCGCUGCUACUUGCUGAGUCAGCAUUGGCAUUGAAUUGUUCACUGUGACUCAAGGCGACCCCAACUAUGCACUGUGACCCCUCUCAGUUUUAGCAAGGUCAGGCCUCAUCUGCAUAUACUGGAAGUUUAGUUUCAUAGUGCAUCACCUUCCCCUUAUCUACAUUGAAUGUCAUUUGCCACAUCAUUGCUCACUCACCCAGUUUAGAUGGAUCCUCAUGUAAUCAAUUUUGAAUAAUUAUUGUGGCAUCAGCAAAUUUCCUUCAGGUCCAGAUCAUUUAUGAACAAAUUAACCAAGGCUGGUGGGAUUCCACUGCUCACUUCCCCCCAUUCCAAGAGCUGCCCACUUAAUCCCACUCUCUGCUUCUUCUUGUUUUAAACAAAGUUUAGCUCAUAAGAGGACCUGUCCUCUCACCCCCAACUGCUGACCUUACUUGGAAGUCUUUGGUGAGGUACCUUUUGGAAGUCCAAGUAGCCCAAGUAAUCCAAGUAUGAAACAACUAUUGGAUCACCAUUAUUUACAUGCUGGUUCAUUUUUUAAAACAACUACAAAACUUUGGUGAGGCAGGACUUCUCUUUGUAAACUCAAUGUUAAUUUCUCCCUUGGCAGACUUUCUUCCUCAAUGCACUUAAUAAUUCGGUCUUUGAUUACAGUUUCUACUAAUUUGCCUGGAAUAACACUGAGCUGUAAUUUCUUGACUCUUUUUAAAAAUUGGUGAUCUAUAGGCUGUCUUAAUAGCGAAGUGUCUACAGUCAGUAGCUCCCUAGUUUCACAUUUGAGUUCCCUGAGAAGUCGUCCUGGAUCUCUGUGCCAUCAGGACCUGGGGACUGACAGUUUUUCCAUCUGUUGUUUCUUCAGACGCCCUUCCUGAACACCGUGGGGGCCUGGUGUGGGACCGUGCCCCUCCGCCCCCCCCCCCCUGGUGCUCCCAUUUCUAGGUCAUCUGAUGGCCUAACUGCUUCUCUGACCUGUUUCUUGUUCCUAAUGUAUUUAAAGAAAUGGCUGCUUGUGUUGGUGCUCUUAGUAAUCUACUCUUCAAAUUCUCUUUUUGCAUGAAUAAUUGUGAAUUUGCAUUGUUUCUGCCAGCCCCUGUGCGUGCUUCUUUUCAUUUUGUUUGGGUAAAUUUUCACUUUCCAAAAGAAGACAUUUUGUCUUUUAUGGCUUCUUUGACUUGGGCUAUUAAUUAUGCAGGAUUAUUAAUCAUGCAAAUCUUUUUAGACUUGGUGAUACUUUUCAUGACAAAGUAUGCAUUGUAUCUUGGUCUCAGUGUAGUUUUAAAUAGCUUCCAAAAUCCUUUAGAGAUUUGAUUGUUGAGUUUCCUUUUCUGCUUCCUUCUAACUAAUCCCCCCAUUUCUGUAAAUUUCUGUCCUUUGCAUUCAUGCUUGACCUUUUUUUUACUUGAGGGGCAACUUUCCAUUGAUAUGAAUGCAUUGCAUUCAUUGUUCCCAACUGGUAAAACAACAUGCAUUCCUAGCACUGGGACCCGAGGCCCUCCCAGAACCCAGUCCAAGAUCACUGCUAGGUUCUGUGACCAACUGUUCCAGUGCACAGUCAUUUGUGAUGUAGAAGGACUUCAUGCCUAUAGAAUGACUCAAGUACACGUUUAACCAAUCGAUGUUAGGGGAAUUAAAGUCACCUAUGUGACAACAACAUUCUACUUCAGCCACCUCUCUUAUUUUCUCUUCAACCCAAGAUCAGCUGGGUGGGAUGAUACACUUUUAAGGAACCCAGAAAGCCCAGUAACUCCCCCCUCAGCAAUUCUCUGGGUGAGGUUGUUCCCCAGAUGUCUUCUAGUGCUUUGACACACAACCUCCCUGACCUCCUAUCCAGGGAUAACAGUAUCCCUUUGAUUUUUCCCAUUCCAUCAUGGUUUUGAUGCUCCCGCUAUAUUUAAAUGGGGAUCUUGGCCCAGAGGCUUCUGUGAUUGAGAGGAUACACUUAUAAUGUGUUUUCCUCUCCAUCAACCAUUGCUUCCCUCAACCCCUUUGUCUUCCCACGUGGCUCUCCUUCUCUAUACCACUCUUACUCCCAAGUUUUAUUUUACUCCUACUAAUAGUCAGUGUUGCUAUAAGUCAAUACUGCUGCGUCUGCAGAUGCCACCUGCCCUUCUCUCGGAUUCAGGCCCUUCACAGAUCCUCAAAGUGCUCUGCAACUGGGAAGGAGUCUCCCCUGGCUGCCCACUCUGGCAGAUGUCUGACCCUACAUCAGGCCAAAACCUGCCAGCAGUCUCCUCCCCAUCCCACUAGACAAUUCACCUUAAAUCCCCUCUUUCUGCCGCCAUCCUUUUGCUGCCCUGUGCUAGCCUGGGGCAGCCUCUUUGAUGAUGUCAUCACCCCUGGCCCUCCAGCCAGCAGGUAAAGGGCCCUGGCUGCAUCCCAGGGUCGUCACUGCUGCUGCAGGGUUCAGGGAGGUCCAGGUAGUGGGGCCGUGGACAGUUACACCAUCAUUUCUUUGUACUGAGCUGUUCUGAUCCCUCCUGUUGGCUUUCCCUCUGAGCAGUUAACAGUAGCUGAACUACCUUUUCGGUAUUAAAUGCCAGUAGCCUGCUUCCCUUUCAGUUCUCAAAGGAAUUCUGUCUCAUUUGUACAGGAGUGGCAUAACCCAGAAAGUUCCCCAGUGCCUAACCAAACAAUUUCUCCUAACAAUACUUUCCCAUCUACAGAUUGAGACGCCUGACCUGUGCCUGUCUAGUUAGUCCUGUGUGUGGAACAGGCAGCAACUCUGAGAAUGCUGUCUUUCAGGUCCUGAGCUUCUCCCUGGUAAAUCUGUUUUUUUCCCUUCUGGGGCACCCAGCUUCUCUGAUAGUGUCGUAUAGCAAUAGUAUUCAGUGUUUUCUACCUCUAAAUGUGCAGGUUCCCUUUCAUCACUAUGAAUAAUAGCUACAGAUAGUGCUGUGUUCCUCUAUUAAUAUGCCUAAAUCUUUUGUUGUAGCAAACCAACAGCCGUGGAUUUCACCAUCUGACUCCUUGUUUGCUAAGGAAGUACUUCCUUUUGUCUGUCCUGAAUGUAGCGCACAUCAUUGGGUGCCCCCAUGUUCUUUGAGAGAGGGAGAAAAAGUUCUGUGUGUCUCCUGAAGUAAAGUCCAGAUUGCAAGUGUGAGGAACCUCGACUAUUAGUUGAAAACUAGUUUUGGGCUGCUUCAAAUAGGGAGCAUACCAUCCUGCCAGUCAACUAAUUAACUGCUUUUCUGGGGGGAAAAGUUCCCUUGAUGAUGUCUACAAGUAUUCCAAGUGUUGACCUCUGAAAAAGAUGACGGGUGGGUAAAGAUGGAAAAAGGAAAGUAGAGGAAUUGUCUGUGGCAGGUUUUUGUGGAAAUUGUGAGAUGAAUUGUGCGUUUUGCUCAAUAAUCACCAGUAAAACAGUGUGAGACUCUUUGGUUCAAACUUAGCAGGAUCUUUUCACACAAAAGAUAUGCAAAGAUCUGCCUUCUGUUUUUGGAGUUCAUUCAACAUUUCCUGUUAUAAAUGCCAUACCUUUUUGCUGACAUUCCUGUUCGCAUACUUAAAUAUAUACCUCUCUCGGAUUGUUGCUGCUCCUCUCAGUGAGGCCCCUGUUGAUAUCUCUUGACCAAGGGCUUUAUGUUGCUUUACAAGAAGAAGAUACAAAUGGAAAUGAAAACUGAGCAACUUAUGUGGAUUCAUUUAGUAUGGUUUUGCUUAUAUGCAGAACUUGCUAUGGUGAACUAAGCCUUGUCCUCUUUCCCUCAAUGCCCAAAAUUUAGUAUAGAAUCUUAAGAGAAUGUUGGUAAUCCCUCAUGUUCUGUUAAAUGAGCAGAAAUACAGACAGAGGCCAGUAAAUACAGGCAGAUGACUAACUGUCAUUGUUAACAUUCACGUAUAUAAUUCCAUGAUCUCUAACAUUCAACAGGUGUGAACUGGAUUAUCAGCAUAAUCCUGUGAUUGUUGAUGGUUCUGAAUCAUAUCCACGUCCAGAAACAAAAGGGAGAAAUCCCAAAGCAUUCCUCAGGGUACAGCGCUGAUCUGAUUCAGAAGUUGCACGGGGCAUCUGGAGACACCCAUCGACGUAAACAGUGGGGUGUCUCCAAAUUAAGGGUUUCUCUGGUAUUCAUUUUGUAUUUUUUCUUGUAUAACCGUUUUGUUUUGUACAUAAAUAUUUCCAUUUAGUUUUUGCUUUCAUUGUGACCCAUAUCAGUUUUCACUGUUAAUUUUUGUAUUCAUUUCUAUUGGCUUCAUUUCCGUGUAUUUUUUCAUGUAUUUUUUUAAUUUGUUCAUUUCUUAUCAAGUUAAGGUAGAAUUCUUCCUACCCAAAUUUCAAAUAGAUAAAUGUUCCCAAUUCAUAGUAAAAACAUUCUGACUUGAUGGGUGUGCACAUGGAGACGGCGAAACACUGAAGGCGAAUGAAUGUGUCCUCCUCUCUUCAUGCACAAUUAAGAGAUCUAAAUGCCGCUACGCAUCACCUGACUUGGCAGCACUCCGUUUAAUUUGCCAUCCCCUUUCAACCAGCUUCCAUCUACUGUCAAAGCUGGCCUGGGAGAAAAAUGCAACUGAGUAUAGUGAGAUGGGGGCAGGAGCAGGGGGCAGAGAGUCAUUCCUCUUGCUGCCUACCAAUGUGCUCUGUUUUGCUUUAAACUUAGAGCCACUCACCCGAAGCUACCUUCUUCUUUUGCUUGUUAACUCAUGUUGUUUAGGCAUGUUCCAGACAUUUUGAAGCCCGGGGGGCGGGGGGGGGGCAUUGGGGAGGUGUGUAUGGAAAUUUCAGGGGGGGAUUGAAACACAUCAUUUAUAAUUUACGUAGCAUUUAAAAUUGCAAUAUCUGAAAUAUUUAUGGAAUUCAGAUGUUAUAAAUGCCUUUGUUUUCUACAAGCGAUAAUUGCUAAUAUACCCAAUGCUUAAAAGAAAACCUCAACCUGGUGCACCCCUUACUACCGUAGCCCAUAUACCUUAAUUUUUGCUCUCUGAAAAGUAGGGAAAAAAUACAAAAAGUAGAAAAACAUCAAAAUUAAGAAUUAAACAGAAAACAGAAGCUUUGUGCUAAAUAACACACAAUCAAAUACAGUAAAAAGCCUGUAAACAAUAAUGAAUAUCAGAAUAAGCUAGUCGGAAUCUAGAUCAUAUGCCGACCUCAUAGUCACAACUUCAAGGCUUAUUAGAUUAAUUAGUACUCAAGAAUCUUAACUUGCUUAACUUGUGUUUCUCACAAAAGUCCUUGAAAGACAAAAAAAAAACCCCUGCAGAUCUCCAUGACUGAGAAACCAGGUGUGAUGACUCUUAUUAUUAUUAUUAUUAUUAUUAUUAUUAUUAUUAUUAUUAUUAUUAAUUGGGUUUAUAGACCGCCCUCCAAAAGGAAGUGAGUUUCAAGAGUGAUUCAUAUGAAGAAAAUGUUCAACCAGUGGAACAUAAUUAACAUGUGUUUCUUUUCCUCAUGUUAAUUAUGUUAAAGAUUUGGAGAGUUUUUCAAAUUGUAACUCAGUGAAUGUUAUACUUUAUUGUUUGUCCUUGUAAGAAAUAUUAUAUCGGCAAGACACACAGAAAUUUAAAAGCACGCAUUUUUGAACACGCCUCCCGCAUCAGGAAUGCGAUCAAGAAUAUUCCACUAGUUGAACAUUUCCUUCACAUGAAUCACCCUUGGAACUCUCUUUGUUUCUGAGUAUUGGCUCUGAUCCCCGAUAUGCCGCUGCCUGGAGAGUUUUUUUGUCUUCCGGCUGGGCACAUUGCAGCCUGUAGAGCUUAACUUACAAACUGACUUUUGUCCCUUUUUAUGAUAAUGAAUGAGUCAUCACACCUGGUUUCUCAGUCAUGCUUAUAAAUGGUUCUGCAGGAGGGUUUUUUAUCUUUCAAGGACUUUUGCGAGAAGCAUGAGUUAAGCAAGUAGAGCGCAGUCUGACUUGGAUUAUCCUUAUCAGUAUUAUAAAUGUGAUUAUUGGAACCCCUCCCCCCCAAAUUUUCCCCUUCACAUCCAUUAA